GCUGGGAAGCAGGACUGGGGACACGGUGCGGCGGCUGGUGCAGUCGGAGGAGUCCGGCCUGUCGCCUGAGAUCAAGCAGUCGGUGCUGUCGCUGCGCGUCUUCCAGCAGAUGGACAACGCCAUCGUCUGCCUCUUGCAGCAGCCCAGCAGCAAGGCCUGCCUGCCCUCCCACACCUGGGAGUCCUUCCGCAAGUGCUGCUCACACAACGGCGUCCGCACUCAGGACUUCCCCGCGGGCAGCCUGAACAGCCUGGAGAGCCUGGACGUGCAGGCCUUGCGCAACAGCACCGCCCUGGAGAGCCAGAGCUCCGACCUCCUCAGCCACCUGCAAGGCAGCUGCACCCCGGAGUCCUACCUCCCGAGCACCCAGCAGGAGUGGCUCUCCCUGCGGCUGCACGGCACGCGGCGCUGGAAGGUGCCCAGCCUGCCCUGCACCAAGAGCGCGGAGCCCUGAGCGGCUGGGCUCCCCCGCCUGGGGACGGAGCCCGGCCACGUAUUCGUGGUUAGAAAUAGAGCAGCCAAGUAGCCUCAAA